AGAGGACCCUAAUGCUCGUGGAAUAUCGUGGGCGCUCCAGUUCUAGGGCUCGCAGUGUCAGUCCUUCAGCUCACCGCAGAAUGUCUCUCACACAAAAAGACGAUGAUCCUUUCUCAGAGGGAGUCCCCAUUGCUCCUGAUUUCAUCCUGCCCAAAGAGAGCAAGCAGUAUGGGGUGGAAGGUGGAACAGCCAAGAUCAUCCUGCAGUUACGUGGUAACCCCCUCCCUGUCAUCAUGUGGUUUUUCAAUGAUGAGAAGAUCAUCUAUGGUGACCGCUACAACUCCUACAUUUCCCCCAGUGGUCAGGUUGUCCUGGAGUUCACAGACAUGGGCUACCCUGAUGUUGGACUUUACAAAUGUGUGGCCCGAGAAUGACCAUGGAAUAGCUGACAAGGUCACACAUCUUGAGAUGGCAGAUCCUCCAACCAUUGUGGUGCCACUGAAGGAAACGACCUUCGUGGAAAGAGGCUCUGGCCAACUUCUAUGUCGUAUUGAUGGUUAUCCCGCCCCAUCGGUCAAGUGGAGCAAGGACUGGCGCCCUCUGUCAGAGACAUCCCGAAUCUAUGUGUCACAUGAGAAGCCAGACACCUGGACGAUGAACAUCAACAACGUCAUGUCGAUGGACGAAGGCCAGUACAUGGUGGUGGCUGAAAAUGUUGCUGGGAAGGUGCACUGCUCUUGCAGGCUCACUGUGGAAGAUGUCAUGCCAACCAGGAGUACCACGGAUUUCAAAGACACAUCCAACAUUGAGGAUGAUUACUAUGUCCUGGAAGAGCUUGGCAGAGGUCGUCAUGGCGUCGUGCAUAGAGUCAUUGAGAAAUCAACCGGCAACGUGUAUGCUGCCAAGUUUGUGCGAGUGCGUGAUGACACCGAGAAGGAUUUCUUCAGGACAGAACUUGAAACAUCGAGGAUGGUAGACCACAAAAACAUCCUAUCGCUUCAUGAUGCAUAUGAAACACCCAAGAAACUCAUCAUGGUCAAUGAACUAUUGAAAGGCGGAUCUCUUCUAGACCGCAUCAUUAAAUCAGGAAGUCUGUCUGAAAAUGGAGCUGCCUUCUACAUCAGAAAGCUGCUGGGAGGCCUUAAAGAACUUCACAAAUUGAACAUUGUACACAUGGACAUCAAGCCAACCAACCUGAUGUUCCCAAGCCCAGACUCGGAUGAGCUCCGGUUGAUUGAUUUCGGCUUUGCAAAGAAACUUAUUCACACCAAGGAUGUUCUGUUCAACUUCGGUACACCUGAACAUGCCUCCCCAGAGCAGAUUGACCAUGAACCGGUCACUCUGCCUAGCGACAUGUGGUCAGUCGGUGUACUCACCUACAUACUGCUGAGUGGUGUGUCUCCUUUCCAUGACAACACUAUCAGAGAUUCCCUCAUCAAGACUGUAGACUGCGACUGGGAGUUUGACACUGCCUUCAGCAAAAUCUCUGCAGAUGCCAAGGACUUCAUCUCCAAACUCCUUGUCCUUGACCCAACGCAACGCUUGACAGUUGACGAGUGCUUGGAACACUCUUGGCUGAAGAACACAACUGACCGAAACGGAGGUGCCAAAAUUGAUGUUGGGAAACUCAAAACUUACCAAGCUCAGGCACGCCAGUCUGGUGAACCUCCUAUGAGGACUGUGGCAGACCUGUGCAGUCUGAGCAAGUUGUUGGAGGGAACUCCCCGCCAUGGAGGUCUCCAUCCAGAGGUCGACUCGGCCACAGGCAAGAUCUCAUUCCCAGGGUCAGAGGCAUAUGGAGAGUUCCUUGAUAACGAGUCAUGGUAUGACUGGCAGCUGCGUUACCAGCCUGGCCAUGAGUCCGAGCUCUACCCAACAAAGGACACUGAUUACUCUCUGCGAGUCCGUGGUUACCGGCGCCAGGCUGGAGAACCUGAUGACAGCUUUGAGCUUGAAGAUGAAGUCUAUGGGGAUGAUGAUUACUCUGCGAGGGCACCUACUGUCCGGGAGCGCCGCUUGUUGUCCGAUGUUGACAAGGAGACGCUGCCUCCUUCCCUGGAAAAGGAAAUGGCAUGGAUUGCGGACAUGCGAGAGAAGAGACCAAAAGAUACUGAUGAGAUGAGCAUUGCUUCCAAGCGAUCAUCCCUCGGAUCUGUUUCCACAGAAGGGUUCCCUGGUCCAACAUUCAAGGCCAAGCUAGAGGACAUGGCUGUCGGAGUAGGGGAGACAAUCACGCUGUGUUGUCACAUGAUGGGGCCACCCAUGCCGACAGUAGCCUGGUAUCGCAACGAGGAACUUCUCUCAGAUGGUACCCGAACAAAGAUUGGCGUGUGUGGCGAUGGUCGAGCUUACCUCACACUCUGCAAUGUGAAGGAGUAUGACACAGGCAUAUACAAGUGUGUUGCCCGGAACAAAUAUGGCCGCUCCUCAUGUCGUUGCAGACUGAUGAUUGGAGAGCCCCCUGAGAGGCCAGGUCAUCCAGUGGUAACCCAGACCUCCUCUGAUGAGGCAUUUGUCAUCUGGACGUCACCCAAGUCUUAUGGAAACUCAGACAUUCUCUACUACAGGAUUGAUUACAAGAAACCAGGUGCAGAGAAAUGGAAGACUGCUGCCAAGGUGACCACAGAGUGUGCCAUUGCAACAGGUUUGGCACCAGACACACCCUACAGGUUCCGUGUGUGUGCAGUGAAUGAGUUUGGGCCCAGUCCUUACAGCUGGGGGUCUGUGGAAGUCACAAGCAAACCUGCAGGUGCACCUGCUAUUACCUCUGAUCCCGAAUAUCAACUACGGUUAUUGCGACUGCGUCAGGCUGUUCCACCAGAACCACCAGCAAGUCGAUGGGAAGUUAGUGAAGUGGAGGAGGUUGAGACUGAAGCUGAGCUGAAGAAGACCAAACCAGAAGAUGUGUACAACCUCGGAGACACACUCUGGAAGGGCAAGUUCUCGCAGUACAUAACCUGCAAUAAUGUUGCAACAGAAAAGGAUCAUAUAAUGCGAGUGGUACCUCUAACAAAAGACAAUGAAAGUGACAGGUUACGUGAGUUUAACAUUCUCAAAGGCAUCCAACACAACCAUGUCGGACAACUUUUGGAAGGAUUCCAAACAAGCACAGACUUUUACCUGGUGUUGGAGAAAAUGACCGGGGACAAUAUUGCUCGUUACCUUGGUUACAGACGAAGAUACAGCGAGGAUGCUGUUGUGUGUGUUUUACGGCAAGUGAUUGAUGCCUUACAGUUCUUGCAUCGUCAUGGCUAUGCCCAUCUGAAUCUUCAGCCUGGGAGCAUCAUCAUGGCCAACAGACAGAGUCUCAACAUCAAGUUGGUUGAUUUCAGUCUUGUAAGAAAGAUCUCACCAGAGGGAGAGGCUGUGCCAAGAAUGGGCUACCCUGAUUUCAUGCCUCCUGAGGUUGUUGCCCAAGAGGGUGUAGGCUGCUCUGCUGACCUGUGGGGACUGGGUGUCCUUGCCUUCCUUCUGCUGAGUGGGGAGUCCCCCUUCUCUGCAGACACAGAUGAUGAGACACUCGCCAACAUUGCAUACAACAGAUAUAAUGCUAAUGACAUCUAUGAAAAUGUCUCAAAGGAAGGACUAAAGUUUAUCUUCAAACUCCUCAAGCGUAUCCCAAGGAACCGCCCAAGUCUGGCUGACUGCCUGGACAUGAAGUGGAUGCUGCAGACAGAUUCCAUCAUCAAGUCACGAAGUGAAACAUGGUUCCCGACAAACAAGAUCCGCACAUUUGCUGAUCAAUAUGACAAACGAAGAAUGGCUGAUGACUUCAGACUGGAUUACACAAAGGUUGAGCUGACCACCAAAAAACCUGUAGAAAGCAAGCGUGUGCGCAAGGAGCGAAAACCUGCUGCUGAACCUGAUCAGUCAGUAACUGAGAGCAAAAAGAAAUUUGCACCUAAGGUUGUAAAGGAAUUGGAGGCUGAACCUGACAGUGAAGCUGGGGCAGGUGAAAGUGAGGCUGCUAAGUCUGAGACUACAGAAGAGAAGAUAGAACAAGUUGCUGAUGAUGUGGUGUCCAAGGCUCUUGAUGAGGCCAUGCAGUCGUCGGAGUUAAGCAGUGCAUGAUGUGCACAACAUGUAGAAAUUUGUACCAAGGACAGAUGGAAUGAAAGAAGAGCAGUGCCUCGUUGAUGUGUAUUUUUCGAAAAUAUUGAAAGACUUCAGUAUAUUUCUACCUAUGUGAUAACCAGUUGCCCUUCAUCUAGAUAUUCCCGUUUGCCUGCAGUCAACUCAGUGAAAUGUUAUGAAAUCAUUGCUGGAAUACCAAUUCCAGAGUGUAAAACUGUAAGUUAUAUAAAGAGAAACUUGAUGCUUCCCAGUCAUAUAUGAAAUACAAUGGUUUAACUUGAUUUAGUUUAGUUUAAGUUAAGCCGGGAGACAAAUGUGUGUCCCUUAAACUGGGGUUAAUGAGUGAUCUUGACCUACCUUGUGUGGUGCUAUUACUCAGAUGUGUGAAGGAUUGUGAAAUGAGUCACUUUUUGUACAACCCUGGAUCAUACCUAGUGUACAGAUUUUGAAUAUUUAUUUUUGAAAGGGUCAGUUGCAAUUUUCAGAUUCUGAAGUGAAUUUGAAUUCUAAUAUGUGAUAUUUUAACAUAUUUGUUUUUGAAUGCAUUUUGUGAUGCUUGACUAUAAGUUAUACAAUGAACGACUUAUGACACAAUUUUAUAUUCAAGUGAUUGGAUUGCCCGGUACUUUCAUGAAUGCUCAGUGAUUGGUGAACAUAUCAGUCAUUGUGUAAGUCAUACCAAAGAAGUGAUGUGAUUAAGGAAACUAUUUUUUACUCUUUUAAUGAAUGUUGUAAGUGUAAAUGAUAUAUAUUUGUGCAUAUUUUUUCUAUGUAAAAAAGAAAACAGAUGCAUACUGGCAUCAACUAAUUUGCAUCACAAACUGCCAGAGGAUAAGUGACUAUAUCUUUUGGAAGAAAAAAUAGUUCUCCAUAUUCACAGUAUUUGAAAAUGAGAUUUGGGUGGUCCAAUGUGUUAUUUAUUUAUAUCAUAAAUGUUUACAUUUGUAGAUGUUAUAUUUUGUCUUCAUUGUACACAAUUAAUGAUGGAGGAAGAUCAAAGCGUUGUGAACAGUCACUGAGCAUUCAGAAAGGACGGAUGAAUCUUGAUGUGCAAUAUUUUCUGUUAUAUACUUUAUCAUAUUAUUACUCUCACAUACAAUGAUUACAUAAAAGUUUGCUGCAAAGGUUUACAUAUGUGUAUUUGUUUAUUUUUAGAUGUAAACAGCUUAUGGCAUUGAGUUAACUUUGGUAUGAGACAAGGGCAGGACUGUGUGGAGUGUUGAUUUGGCACACACUGAGAACUGGUUAAUGCAAUAUAUAGAUCUCACAGGACUCAAAGUGCAGUGCCUUGCCUUGCCCAAAUUGUGUACAGAAGUCAAGAAUAUAUGAGGGAGGGUUGCGAUAAGGUUCCUGUGUGACUUGUUCAGCCAAGCUGAAUAGAGUUUGUUUGCAUUUUUUCAGAAUAUUUAUUUGAAAAUACGGAGCUCAAUUUAUGACAGCAUGUUUAAUGACCUGGCUCAUUCAAUGUCACUGAUUUCACAAAGUUCUGCAUUCUGGAGAGAAUGCUUUUGGCAGGGAGAAUACAAGAAAGGUCAUCUUUCUGCUCCAUUGCUUGUACUUUUCAAACAUCUCUUUCUCUUUUUUUUUGUAAACGUAGAUACUGAAUUUGGAUAUUUACUGUAAAGAAAGUAAUUAUGAAUUUUUCAAAUACAUUUUCUUUGCAUUCAUUACAUUGAUAGAACAGCGCAUUUCCCAUAUGUUAAGAAAUUUUGUGAUUGAAAUGUUUUCCUGUCUGCCAAUCUGAUCAUGACAGCAUUUAUUGUGUGAAAAUUCCCUUUUUGUUUAGACUUUUUACCCUUUGAUUAUCAGGAAGGGCAACUGUCAACUCCUCACUAUAUAGCUGAAAUAAACCCUGUGAUAAUA